AUGUCUAGAGACUCAAAUAUUACCAAAAUUAUUGGUGAAGAAAACCUUAAAAAAUUACGUGCAACCAAAUGUUUAUUGAUUGGAGCAGGUGGGAUUGGUUCUGAACUGUUGAAAGACUUGAUAUUGAUGGAAUUUGGUGAAAUUCAUUUAGUAGAUCUUGACACGAUUGAUUUAUCUAAUUUGAAUAGACAGUUUUUAUUUAGACAACGUGAUAUUAAACAACCAAAGUCUACUACAGCUGUGAAAGCUGUCCAGGGUUUUAAUAAUUCUAAAUUGGUACCGUAUGAGGGUAAUAUCAUGGAUACUUCUCAAUUUCCAUUGCACUGGUUUGGUGAAUUCGAUAUUAUUUUCAAUGCAUUAGAUAACCUUGCAGCUAGAAGAUAUGUAAACAAGAUGUCUCAAUUUUUAUCCAUUCCUCUUUUAGAAUCUGGUACCUCUGGGUUUGAUGGUUAUAUGCAACCCAUUAUUCCAAAUGAAACAGAAUGCUUUGACUGUACGAAAAAGGAAACUCCGAAGACUUUCCCUGUGUGCACUAUUAGAUCAACACCUUCACAGCCAAUCCAUUGUAUAGUUUGGGCCAAAAACUUUUUGUUUGCUCAAUUAUUUGCUGCAGAUGUAGCUGUUAACAAUGAUUCUGAAAAUAAGGACUGGGGUACUACUGAUGAGGAUGAAAUCAAAAGAAUCAAGCAGGAGACAAAUGAAUUACAGGAAUUACAAGAUAUCAUUUUAUCUGGAGAUACUACUUUGAUCCCAAACAUCAUUGAAAAGAUAUUUAUUCAUGAUAUUGAAAAGUUACUGAGAAUUGAAAAUUUAUGGAAAACAAGAACGAGACCAACUCCAUUAAAUAGUAGUCAAAUAACAACAGACUUGAUUGACAGAAAUCUUGAUCUAAGUGCUUUAUGGCCUAUUCAAGACCAGAUUCAAAAAUUUAGUAGCAUAACCAGUAAACUAAUGAAACGUAUGAAAGAGGAAGAUAAUCAUAUUGAGUUUGACAAAGAUGACGAGGACACUCUUGAAUUUGUUUCAACCGCAGCAAAUAUUAGAUCACAAAUAUUUAAUAUUCCGUUAAAAAGUGUUUUCGAUAUUAAGCAAAUUGCAGGUAAUAUUAUUCCAGCUAUUGCUACCACUAACGCUAUUAUUGCAGGUCUCUCAUCAUUAGUAUCUCUUCGUGUACUAAGUCUACUAGAUUUUGCCAAGAUAACUAAGCCAACCGACUUGAAUAUGGUUUUUACAGCCAAGGCAAGUAAUAUUUCUCAAAACAGAUAUUUAUCAAAUCCAACUUUAGCAAAACCUAAUUGUAACUGUCCUGUAUGUUCUAAAGUUGUACGUGGAGUCAUGAACAUUCAAUCAGAUAUGUUUAAACACUUGAAGUUGAAGGAUCUUAUUAUUACACUGUCUGAAAAGUACAAUUUCGAUACAGAGGAGUUAUCUAUUUUGGAUACUACAGGUCAAAGAUUGCUGAGUGAUUUUGAUUUUGAUAGUCUGGAUGAGAAAACUUUGGAAGAAAUUAAAGUUCUUCCUGGUUCGGUUAUAUUGGUGACAGACGAAACUGAAGAUAAUAAUGGAAUGGGCUUAAAACCAUUGGAAUUAUAUAUUGAAAGCAGGAAGAUUGAUAGCAGAAAAACAAGUGAUAUUGAAUUACCAGAUAUCAAAAUUCCUUUUGUUAAGAUGACUACUGCGGAGGAAGAGCAUAACGAAAGCUCAACGCAGGAGACUCCAGUAUUGCAGACAAAUGAAGUUAUAACUUUAGAUAUGGAUGAUAAUGAUAAAGACAUCAAAAAACGCAAGUUAUCGGAUGAAUCAUCAGAAGCUACUCAGAACAAAAAGAGUAAACAAGAAGAGGAUGAUAUAGAGAUUAUAGAAGAGGAUGAUAUUAUUGAAUUAGACUGA